UAUCACUCGAGAUCAGGACAUUAUUACAAUACGCAUUGCACGAUCUAGUUAGCGAAUACGAUAUCGUACGGUUUGCAAAGCGGGGAGACUAUGGCUAAAAUUGGACUUAAUUUGUUUUUCAUUCUGUCAGUUUCCUGCCUGGCCAGUAAAGCUUUUGGGAAAGCAAGCGCAGAAAGUUUAUAUGAAUCGUUGUCAUGGAGGAUAGAUUACGUGAUUCGAGACGUAAACAAUCUGAGGUCAGAAUUGAUGGAAACAAAGUCUGUUGUGAACAGACUAGAAAGUAAGAUAGAAAAGAUCGAAGAAAACGCAACAGCUACUAUCAUCGGUACAAAUAAAAAUGAAGAAAAAAUUUCUCAAUCCAUUAUAAAUGAUAAAAUAAAGGCAGUUGAAGAAAGGACUGAAUCUUUGAUCAAAAAUCAAAUCAAGAGACAAAAAGUGGCAGUGAUGAAAAUCCUUUUCGAAAACAAAAAGCUCAUGAGAGAAAAAGUACAAAAUUUUGAAAGCAAAUUUAUAAUGUUUACAUCUGAUAUUAAAUUUCAAAUGGAACUAAUGAAUGCCUCAAUGGAAAGCUCUGUGGAAAGCCUAGAACAAUCAAUGACUGAACACAAGAUAGACACUAAUUCUUCGCUCAUGUUGAUGAAUGCCUCAAUAAAAAACUCUGUGGAAAGCCUAGAACAAUCAAUGAAUGAACACAAGAUAGACACUAAUUCUUCGCUCAUGUUAAUGAACGCUGAUUCUCAUGAUAGGUUAAACGAAACGAACCUGAAGCUAGAAGUAAUGAGGGUUGAAUUCCAAAACAUGAAGGAUGAUUCGGACACUAAAAUCGAAAUGACAAAGAACGAAAUUGAAAAUAAAAUGAACUCAGUUCUGCAAAAUGCGACAAGCGGGAUCAACGAUCGUUUGAAUGAUGCAGAGAGUCGAAUAAGGUCAAUGUCAUCAGAAAAUCAAGAAGUGGUAAAUGGCCGAUGGUCGCCCUGGAGUAGUUGGUCAUCCUGUUCUGUUACUUGUGGUGUUGGAAUGAAGGAAAGAACGAGAAGAUGUGAUAAUCCCGCCCCGUCAAGACUUGGACAAGCAUGCAUUGGCAGUUCAGAGGAUAAAGAAAUAUGCACCAUGAAUAAAUGCCCAUUUUCAGUGCGUCUUGUAAAUGGCCCACAUGCGUUUGAAGGGAGGUUGGAAGUGUACAAUGAUGGGCAGUGGGGGACAGUAUGCGAUGAUUUUUUCGACAAUGAUGCUGCAAAGGUUGUUUGCAGAAUGCUUGAUUUCCCAGGAGACGUGAAUCUAGCCGAGAAAUAUUCAGCAGCACAUUACGGCAGAGGAUCAUUGCCAAUCUUACUUGAUGAUGUUUCUUGCAAUGGUUCAGAAUUAAGCAUAACUGAUUGCUCACACAACGCAUGGAGUUUACACAACUGUAAUCAUGGAAAAGAUGUUGGUGUAGCAUGCCGUUCGCCUCCUGUACGCCUCGUAGAUGGACCACAUAGGUACGAAGGUAGACUUGAGAUUUAUCACAACGGAGAGUGGGGAGUUGUAUGUGACGAUUCUAUCAAUGACAAGGCGGCAAGGGUUGUCUGUAGGAUGCUUAAUUUUCCGGGAGACAUGAAUCUAGCCCAGAAAUAUUCAGGAGCUCAUUAUGGCGAGGGAUCAUUGCCGAUGUUACCGGUUGAUGUUUCUUGCAAUGGUUCAGAGUUACGCAUAACUGAUUGCUCACAAAAAGCAUCGGUGUCAUACAACUGUAGUCACAGAGAAUAUGUUGGGGUAGCAUGUCAUCCACUUUCAGUGCGUCUUGUAAAUGGCCCACAUGCGUUUGAAGGGAGGUUGGAAGUGUACAAUGAUGGGCAGUGGGGGACAGUAUGCGAUGAUGGCUUCGACAAUGAUGCUGCAAAGGUUGUUUGCAGAAUGCUUAAUUUCUCAGGAGACGUGAAUCUAGCCGAGAAAUAUUCAGCAGCACAUUACGGAAGAGGAUCAUUGCCAAUCUUACUUGAUGAUGUUUCUUGCAAUGGUUCAGAAUUAAGCAUAACUGAGUGCUCACACAACGCAUGGAGUUUACACAACUGUAAUCAUGGAGAAGAUGUUGGUGUAGCAUGCCGCUCGCCUUCUGUACGCCUCGUAGAUGGACCACAUAGGCACGAAGGUAGACUUGAGAUUUAUCACAACGGAGAGUGGGGAGUUGUUUGUAACGAUUCUAUCAAUGACAAUGCGGCAAGUGUUGUCUGUAGGAUGCUUAAUUUUCCGGGAGACAUGAAUCUAGCCCAGAAAUAUUCAGCUCAUUAUGGCGAGGGAUCAUUGCCGAUAUUACCGGUUGAUGUUUCUUGCAAUGGUUCAGAGUUACGCAUAACUGAUUGCUCACAAAAAGCAUUGGGGUCAUACAGCUGUAGUCACAGAGAAUAUGUUGGUGUAGCAUGUCAUCCACUUCCAGUGCGACUUGUAAAUGGACCACAUUGGUACGAAGGCAGACUUGAGAUUUAUCACAAUGGAGAGUGGGGAACUGUAUGUGACGAUUAUUUCAGGGACAGUGCGGCAAGGGUUGUCUGUCGGAUGCUUAAUUUUCCGGGAGACGUGAAUCAAGCCGCACACUAUUCAAGAGCAAAAUAUGGCGAGGGAUCAUUGCCGAUCUUACUUGAUGAUGUUAUUUGCUCUGGUUCAGAAUUAAGCAUAACUGAUUGCUCACACAACGCAUGGGGGUCACACAACUGUGGACAUACAGAAGAUGUUGGUGUUACAUGUCUCCGGGCUCCUGUACGCCUCGUAGAUGGACCACAUAGGCACGAAGGUAGACUUGAGAUUUAUCACAAAGGAAAGUGGGGAGCUGUUUGUGGCGAUUCUUUCAAUGACAAUGCGGCAAGAGUUGUCUGUCGGAUGCUUAUUCCUACGGGGAUUGAGUAUUAUGUUAUUUCAAACACAACGUAUGUUAUUUCAAACACAACGUAUGGUGAAGGACCUGUGCACAUUCGUUUGGAUGAUGUAAACUGCGAUGGUACUGAGUCAGAUAUCUUUGAUUGCUUACAUGUCAGCUCGGGACCGGAAGACUGCCAUAGUGGGGAUGUUGGCGUUUCUUGUUUUUCAGGGCUUGCUGUUCGUCUUGCUGGAGGAAGUUCAGACAGCGGUCGUGUGGAGAUAUCUUUGGAUGGAUCAACCUGGGGUACUGUGUGUAACGAUUAAUUUA